GUUCCCGGUUUCUCAUUCGAAUUGCCAUCGACGCGAUAUUCGCAUCCAAAGCCGGCCUCAAAUUCAUUUCAACUUCAAGCCAGCCUCAUCCACCGUUCUAACCGACCCACUUACAACACAUCAAUCACCAUGCCUCCCAAGAAGACCGAAACCAAGACCGAAACCAAGGCCGAGGGCGCUGCCGCCCCGAAGCCCAAGUCCGGCUCUCAACACACCUACCAGGACAUGAUCAUUGAUGCCAUCAUCGCGCUCAAGGAUCGCAACGGUUCUAGCCGUCAAUCCCUCAAGAAGUAUGUCCGCGCCAACAACAAGAUCAACGCCACCGAUGCCAUGUUCGACUCUCUCUUCAACAACGCUUUGAAGAAGGGUGUCGAGAAGGGUAUCUUUGAGCAGCCAAAGGGUCCCUCCGGCGGCACCAAGCUCGCCAAGAAGGCCCUUAAGCCUGCUGCCCCCAAGAAGGCGGCGGCGCCCAAGAAGGCAGCGGCCAAGAAGGAGACCAAGGACGCAAAGGAGCCUAAGGAGAAGAAGGCCGCCACGAAGAAGGCUGCUCCCAAGAAGGAGACUGCCGCUAAGGAGACCAAGGAGACCAAGGAGAAGAAGGCUGCUGCCCCCAAGAAGGCCGCUCCCAAGAAGGCCUCCGCGGCCAAGAAGGUGAGCAGGAGCUUCCAUCUCCGCUUUUACCAUUGCUGCUCAGGGUAGCUGACGCUAUUCAGGCCGCGGCUGCCCCCGCUGUCGUCGAGAAGCCCACCGUCCUGACCAAGACCAAGUCCGGUCGCGUCGCGAAGACGGCAGCCAAGCCAGCUGCGCCGAAGAAGGCCGCACCCAAGAAGGCCGCGGCUAAGAAGAAGGAGACGCCGAAGAAGGCUGAGGCCACUGAGGCUUGAUGCUCUUCUGUCUUCAUCUUUUCAUCAUGUUCUCUUUAUCCUGUGAUACGCGAGGGUCUGGGUUUUGGUCUCGUUUGGCGUUCCGGCGGUUUUCGGGUAUGAUCUUGGACAGCAUUGGGCGCUGACGCGUUCGAUAUUUGGCGCGCGGAGGGGGUGGGGAGGCACUGGCCGUUUUUUUGCGCUCUGGGUUGUCGCGUUCUAUCCCUUCUGGGUAGCGUGGUUUGUUUGGAGUUUGCCCCAAAGAUCGGCGUGCACAUAC